UCCAUUAAUGGAUCCACGCACCGGUCUUUUGGUGUCGUUCCUCGUCGAUGCCUUCCCUUCCCUUCUCUUCCUCCUAAAGCCCUAAACCCCAUCGUCGUCGUUCUGGUCGUCGUCGAAGAAGAAGAAGAAGAAGAAGAUGGUGAGACUGACGGUCGAUUUAAUCUGGAAAAGUCCUCAUUUCUUCAAUGCCAUUAAAGAGCGAGAACUGGACCUUCGAGGUAACAAGAUAGCGGUGAUAGAAAACCUAGGUGCCACCGAGGAUCAAUUUGAUGCCAUUGAUUUGUCUGAUAAUGAGAUUGUAAAGCUGGAAAAUAUGCCCUAUCUUAAUCGAUUGGGCACAUUGCUGAUCAAUAAUAAUAGAAUCACUCGUAUCAAUCCAAAUAUUGGAGAGUUCUUGCCAAAUUUACAUACACUAGUUCUUACAAACAACAGACUUGUGAACUUAGUAGAGAUUGACCCGCUGGCAUCCCUUUCGAAACUUCAGUUUCUUAGUUUGUUGGAUAACAAUAUUACGAAGAAGCCAAAUUAUCGAUUGUAUGUCAUUCACAAGUUGAAGUCGGUCCGCGUGCUUGAUUUCAAGAAAGUCAGAAACAAGGAGAGAUUGGAGGCUAGGAAUUUAUUUUCGUCUAAGGAAGUUGAAGAAGAAGCAAAGAAGGAAUCUGUGAAGACAUUCGUUUCAGGUGAGGUAGAGAAGGCAUCCAAACCUGUGGAGGAGAAACAAACUCCAAACGUGUCUGCGCCAACACCGGAGCAAAUUAUAGCUAUAAAGGCGGCCAUUGUUAAUUCCCAAACCCUUGAAGAGGUUGCAAGAUUAGAACAGGCGCUUAAGUCAGGUCAGUUACCUGCAGAUUUGAAUCUUCUAGAAGAUAAUACCGCACCAAACAUCACAAAAGAUAAAGAUGAUAAGACAACGUCUGGUAGCGGAGAUGAAGAACAUGUAACGAAUGAUGAAUCUACACCUAUGGAGCAGGAAUAAUAGUAGAAAAUUAUUGCUGUGACUACUGUGGUGGCUCAUCUAUAAGUAUUCAUCAAUGGCGAUCCUGUCGUGCUGAUUUGUGGACAUUUUUUAAAAAACCAUUUGAGAAGUCUAAGCAUGGCACUUCCCAGCCAGGGGAAUGUUAGGCGGAUCUUUUGCCUCUCUUUGUAAGAGUUGGGCUCUCUUUUCUUUUCCCUUUAUUUCAUUUUUCCUUUUUUUUUUCUUUGGGUAAAGAAUAUUCUAAAAAUAUGUACGGAGUUUUUGUUUUUGCUGUAUUUACAACACUUUGAUGGCUUUUGAAAUUUCCUUACUUUAAAAUAUAUGUACGAUUAUUUAGCUUA